UGAAUGUCAGGGACUGGAGAGGUCUGGAAGAUCCCGUCCACUCCCCUCCCCUCCCACUUAACCACAGACCCGGCAAAUGGACGCCAGGGGAGCGGGAAAUCCAGUUAUCACAGUUGACUCUGGAAAGAACCUAACAGACCAGUAACAAUGGAAGAAAUUGAGAAGGUCUUUGUAAAGCUGCUCUCCCCCAAAACACCGGGCCCAGAUGGUGUUUCAGGUGAAUUCUUUCAACUUUCAAGAAAAAGAUAAUUAUGAUAAGAUUUAAACUGUGCACCAGCUUAAAGAAGGAAAAAUGACAGAAUUCUUUCACAAAGGGAAUGGAACGCUGACAUCUGAACUUUACACGAAGGUUAAAAAAAGUCCUUUGUGACGGAGAAAGAUCUUAAGCAACAUGAUGGAUUCAGAAGCUCAUGAAAAGAGGCCCCCAAUCCUAACCUCUUCAAAGCAAGAUAUAGCACCUCAUAUUGCAAGCGUUAGUGAAAUGAAGCAUUACCUGUGUGGCUGUUGUGCAGCAUUCAACAACAUAGCAAUCACAUUUCCCAUCCAGAAGGUCCUCUUUCGGCAACAGCUAUAUGGAAUCAAAACCCGGGAUGCGAUACUUCAGUUGAGGAGGGACGGAUUUCGAAACUUGUAUCGCGGAAUCCUUCCCCCAUUAAUGCAGAAGACAACCACACUGGCACUUAUGUUUGGUCUGUAUGAGGAUUUAUCUUGCCUUCUCCAUAAGCAUAUCAGUACACCAGAGUUUGCAACCCGCAGCAUGGCCGCAGUCCUUGCAGGGACAACAGAAGCAAUUUUCACUCCACUGGAAAGAGUCCAAACACUGCUUCAGGACCACAGGCAUCAUGACAAAUUUACAAACACUUACCAGGCUUUCAAGGCACUGAAAUGCCAUGGAAUUCGAGAGUAUUAUCGAGGCUUGGUGCCCGUUCUCUUCCGUAACGGAUUUAGCAAUGUCCUUUUUUUUGGCCUUCGAGGUCCCAUAAAGGAGCACCUGCCUACAGCAACGACUCACAGUGCUCAUUUGGUCAAUGAUUUUAUCUGUGGAGGCCUGUUGGGUGCCAUGUUGGGAAUCUUGUUUUUUCCAGUUAAUGUUGUAAAAACUCGCAUGCAGUCUCAAAUUGGUGGGGAAUUUCAGUCUUUCCCCAAGGUUUUCCAAAAAAUCUGGCUAGAACGGGACAGGAAACUGACAAAUCUUUUCCGAGGUGCCCAUCUGAAUUACCAUCGGUCCCUCAUCUCUUGGGGCAUAAUUAAUGCGACUUAUGAGUUCUUGUUAAAGAUUAUAUGAAAGAAAUUGGUUCAGUGCCAUUUGUCAACUGAAUAGACCUAAGAUGGAUGCAAUUUGCCUUGUUUCUGAUGGGCCAAAUACAAAUUGGUGUCAUAAAUCCAGGGCACAGUGAAUUCUAGGCACAGCUAUUUUCCUUCAACCCCAAUAAAUUCAGAAUAAAAGGUUUCAGUAGGAAAUUUUAAAGGUAUUUUUUUGAGCGGGGUGGGAUUUUUAAAAUCAUUAUCUGAGACCUUUAGGCUAGUUGCCUUAUUACUAGCUGUCUCUGAUAGCUUUUGAUAAGGAAACAAACAGCCAAGGUGUGAUUCUCUUUUCCAGAAGUCUUCUGUACUGAAACAUAAGUGGCCAUGGCCAGCCAGAGAAAAGGCUCUUAGGGUCCCAUGAAUUCUCAAACUUAAUUCUAUUACUCCAUUUCUUGCUUCUCUGCUCUUAGGAGGAGACGCAAAGGGUAGUUUUUGUGAACUUAAGCAUGUACAUGGUAGAACAGUGGAGCAGAACAGAGAAAAAAAAAUAGUUUAUUAUGUGUAGGCUUUUCAUGAUAAAUUGCUUGUAUUUAUUUUGAAACUAAGCACCUCUUGGGAUGGUCAUUAUCUGAGUUAUUUGUCUAGACAUGGUAGACUCAAGCAUGCUAAGGUUUGCUUUUUAGGGUUGAAAGUUUUCUCUGUAGUUCUGAACGUGACUUUAAACCUUUCCAAAAUAUUUUUAUAUUUCACUUAUUUCAUUGCCAAAAGAUCUGGAGACUUAAAUUUUGUUGAUUUUGUUUCAUCCCAUUAAGUUUCAUAUUGCAGGUAUCCCCCACUUUUCCAGAGUUUCCUUUAUGCCACUUUUCUUUUAGAUAAGACCUACAUUAGUACCUGUUUUCACUAACCAAAAGAUGAUUUUUUCUUUUACAAAAAGUAAUUGCUUCUUCACUCUAUGCCAUUUCGACUUAGAAAAGGUUCCAUGGGAAUGCAGGGGAAACCUGUAAUUGUAUUUCAGAUCUAGCUCUGUUAAGCUCAACUUCUUUGAAUUGUUUUUCCCAACUUAGUGAAGAACUUUGAAGUUUUUUUUAAAUUUUUCCUUUCAGUAUUAGUUUGUCAUUUUCAAGUAUCCUAUUCUCUUGAAACUCCCUUUAAAAAACAACAAAAGUGCUUCCAUUGUAUUUUGGAAGUCUAUUAAAUAAUAAGACCUCAGAUUUUUUUUUUUUUUCCUAGUUUCUAAGUGUUCCAGAGAAGGAGGGGAAAAAACUCAGGAUAACUUUCACCCACAGUGUUAAGCUGUCUUUUUUAUUUUACUCUUGAAAAUAGAAACUUCUGUUAGGAUCUUUACAUUUUGGGAACUCCUUUUACCAUUUUAUCAUUUAAAUAGUAAGACAGUUUGAGAGGAUAAGGCCUAAAUAAAGAUAUUUGAAAUAUUUUAAAUUCUAGAAGUUGGUGAUAGCUGGGUAGCAUAGUUUAUCCCUUACCUAACAGACAAAACUUUGCUUGUCAAAGGAAUCGGAUUUUAAAAUAUUUUCUUCCAGAUAAAAAAGCAAAGUGGUUCUUUCAGUUGGUAUUGAAUAACUAGUAAAACAUACCAGAUAUCCUAGAAAAAUGGUUUAUCAGCUUUUAAAAACUCCACAUCUGUAAGUAUGAUGUAGUUAAGAUUGCUUUCUAGCAUUUGACAUGGGCAGAGCACCUAGUUUUUAUUAGCAGUCUUUCAUCAUUCUAGAUAAUUGCAUGUGAAUAUGUGCACAUGCUGACCAAAAUAAAAUCAGGGCCUCAAAUGAUAGUUUACUCAGUUCCUGGACAGGUAGUCCAGAAAGGUGUUUACCUCCCAGUGCAGGAUGGCUGGUCAGGACCGCCAUCCUUCUAGCUGUGAAGGAUCGGGGGCGUUGUCAAGUGUUUGCCAGCUGGUAAUGAAGCUCACCAGCUUUACAGAGGCUCUUUGGGAAUGUUGUGCUGGAAAUGGCAGUUUAUCCUAGAAACUGAGGUACAGGUAUAAGGAUUUGAGAAAGUAAGUAUUUAACGCCAAAUAAAUGAGAGUAGCAUCUUUUGGCCUAUGGAACAGAGUCAGGAUUUAAAACAGAUUGAGUUUCAGGGAUGGGCGGCAAAGGCACCGUGGUGCCUGAACCUCUCGUUCUCUUGUGUGUCCUGCGCUCGCGGGCAUAUCUGGGUGCUCAGCAUGUGGUGGGUGAGUCAGCCUGGGGUCACGCCCUGGCCCUGCAGGUGGACUCUACUGGCGUUCAGUUCUACAGGGCUUCCUUUUGCCUAUACACUCCAUGUAGGUGAUAGAAAUCUAAAUUCUAAAGCACUUUUGUGAAAUAGAAGUGAAGUGAGAACUGGAAGGCUGCUUUGGUUUCUGCUAUCUCAAACGUGGCAUUUAAAAACAAUAAAUAUUUUUUAAUGGAUU